CUCUCUGUGUCUCUCCUCUCUGCAGCUUGGUGUCUCUCCUCUUUUCUCCUCCUUAUUUCAGUUUGAAUCUGUUCUGAUCUCGUUGGCGCCACAAUGGCUGAUAAAAGUCAUUCUGGAAGAAGGAAGGAGAGGAAAGAGAAGGAGUCAGCCGAAGUGACUAAGGAGACUAAGAAUCAAGGAGAAAAGGAGAAAGGAGAAAAGGAGAGAGGAGAGAAGGAGAAAGGAGACGAGGCUGCAAAAGAAUCUGAACAGAAUGGAGAGCCUCAGGUAGAACCCAUGGAACUGCCUCCAUUUGAAAUCAUUGCUGGAGACCGGAUCGACCCAUUUGUUUUUAAGUUCCAGUAUAAGAAUGUGGAGUACUCGUCAGGUCGUAAUAAGACUUUCCUGUGUUACCUGGUGGACCGAGGGAACAUAGUCAAUAGCCUGCUGAGAGGAUACCUGGAGGAUGAACACACCGGGGCCCAUGUGGAGGAGGCCUUCUUCACCCAGUGCCUGCCAGACUACGACCCUGCCCUAAAAUACACCAUCACAUGGUAUGUGUCAUCCAGUCCCUGCUCCGCCUGUGCAGCAAAGAUCGCUGAAUUCUUGAAGGGGAAGAAAAACAUCAAACUCACCAUCUUUUCUGCUCGUCUGUUUGAGUGGGAGGAAUUGGAAAUACAGGACGGACUGAAGAUGCUGAACGCUGCCGGCUGUAAGCUGAGGGUGAUGAAACCGUUGGACUUCUCCUACAUGUGGGACACGUUUGUGGAGAACGAAGACCAACCUCUGAACCUGUGGGAGGACUGUAAAGAAAACUACGAGUAUUAUCAAGAGAGGCUGGCUGACAUUUUACAGUGAAAAUGGAUUGGACCGUCAGUCGUCACAUUGCGUCUUCGAAGAGGACUCUUAGUUAUUUAUUAAAAAAUUAUUAGGAUAUUCAAAUGAGUAUUAUUGAAAUUAAAACCAGAGAAAAGAGCUUAGUGAUGAUCGCUUAAAGGACUUUAUUUAAAUUUUCACUGGUUUUAUUUCUGAAUUCUGUAAAUCAGUUUUGUCCUCACAACACAGAGCUUCACGUUUUUUAUUUUCAUUUUGUUUAAUUUUAUUUCAUUUUAAUCAAUUUUAGUUUUUUAUUUUAUUUUAUUCUAUUUUACUUCAUUUUAUUUCAUUUUUUCACCCAGUCAUUUGUUGAUGGUAGCAGUUUGUGUUUCUUCUCAUUUAAAAAGUGAAUUAAAAUAAAGAAAGUUAAUAUAAUUCAUGUUAUUAUUAUUUUAAAUGCCAUAAUAGAAUGAAUAAUGACCUGUUCAGUAUAUAUUUAUCUGUCUAUAUUUAUGCUGACGUUUAAAUCUGUUGAUAUAAAAUGAUAAGUCUUUUUUACUGUCUGUUUUCCACCCUCAGAUCUGCUCACUGUUGGAAAAUUAAUUUAAAAAAAUGAAAACUUUAUGUUUCUAGUUUGAUUCAUCAUUUUUUGUUGGGAUUCGCUGUUUAAAUUUAAAAACCUUAUCUCUGUGACAUCAGUAACAGACCAGCGUGGAUUAUCCUUAGAUUGAUAGCAGAAUAUGAAAGUGUACAUAUUCAUCCUAACCAAUGACAGAAGGUUUUUAGUAAUCAUUAAAAAAACGUAAACUUCUUAAAAUGUGAUCACAUAACAAUAAUCUUUAUUAUCAUCAAAGCAGGACUGCUUAAUACAAGAGGUUUGAUUUUAAAAUAUAGAAGGAUUUUAAUAAGGUUUUACAUUUUUAUUAAAACAAUUAUCUGUCAUCAAAUCGAGACUGUUUAAAACCAGAGGUCUGAUGUUUUAUGUUUCUGCAAUGGUUAAUACACCAAUAUGUAGAAGCUCUUUGACCCAAAUGAUAU